AUGGAGGCAGACACAAAAAACACUUCAAAACAACGAAUUAGAUAUAAAGACUGGCUUUGUACAUUUCCAGGAUGUACGGAACCACCAAAAACCAAAUACAAUAUGAUAUCACAUAUAUGGGAUAGUCACUUGAAAUUCAUAUAUCCGGAGUACCACAAAAGCGCUUUCAAAAAUUUAGAAAACAAAGAAAUCCCUCGCGAACUUUGCGAACAGUAUUUGCUGUUCUCACAAGACGAAAUUAAUAUGAGAAAACGCAAAUUGCCUGUUUCGAUACAACAAAUAGUCAAUACACAACUCGACAAGAAACAAAGAGAAUUCAACUACUUGGUGGAGGAACAGGAAAUGCAAUUCCAUUUAUCGUCGGAAACACAACAAGCCCACUCCCCACCAUCAGAGACGUUCGCAUGCGAUCCGUCGAGUUUGGACCUCCCUCCACUCACACAAAGCACAUCCCCUCCAACUAUAAAAUACUUACCGAACGAUGACUUCAUCACAGUCGAACAGAUUUCGCCGACUUUAAAACAACUUCAUGUGUUAGGUAGUGUCUUUGCAGAAAACGGAUUUUUCCAAUUGAGUGACGCUCGCACAAAGACUAAAAUUGCGCCGAUCGGAAAUGCGUUACACAGGUUACUUAAUGUUAUUGGUAAGAUAUACACGUAUGACAAUGCAACAACGGAAUCCUAUGGAUUCAUCGCACAAGAACUGAAAGAAGUGUUUCCGGAGUUGGUCAAAACCGACGAAAAUGGUCUGUUGAGUAUAGAUCCUGUAUCAUUGAUUCCAUUUGUAGUUGAGUCUGUAAAAGAGUUGGACAAAGAAGUUCGUGGAAUGAAUGUCGACUACGACCAAAGUGUGCAAAUAAUGGAAGAGUGUAAAAAUGUGUUAAAAGAGUCCAAUUCGUUCAGAGAAGAGUAUGAUAUCUCCCUUGGACCAAAGUGUUUUACUCUCCCAAGUGCAAUUAUAGUGACGAUCUUGAGUGUUGUGAUGUCCGUGAUGUACAUCACAUUACCUUUUCUAUGGAUAUAUAUGAUGAUACUGAGUGGGGGGUUAUGGUAUUCGGCGAUGAGAAAAGGUAACAAAAAAGCGUCUGUUAAAAUGGGAUUUUCCAUCUUAAUAACACUUGGGAUAGUGUGUGGAGCAUUUUCUUUUUUGGUAGGAAGUUCGAUUAGGGUUGUGGGCAUUUACUUGGUGUUGGUGCUUGGGAUGUGGCUGUGGGGACAGUUUUUCUGUCAAUGGAAAAACGUGUUUUACUUGUUUUUAGGAAUUUCAGUCGUUGGGGUGUGUGUCAUUGGCGCGUUGUCUGCAUUUCAACCCGGGUUUGAAUGUAAUGCACAGGUCUUUGGUGAUAUGGUUGUUGUCAACAAAACGCCAUGGAAUUGCUUAGACCCUGAAAUUGGGUUCGUUUUUGAAGACGAACAAGUUGUUUGGGUUGGGAUGAAAGGUGAAACCUUACUCAAACCGAUUAACAAACAAAAUAAGACGGUUGGCGUGAGACUAAAAUGCUCAGAAUUUGUUGGAUUCGACUGUGGAAAUGUGUUUUAUUGA